UUUUAUAAUCAUUCUCAAUUAUGACUUCCUACAGAUCCUAAACAUCUCACGAGAUCUGAGAGCAAGCAAACACGGCGAUCCGAUCCCCCUUGGCGUUCUGUUUUUAAGUAUGCAUUCAAUUGUAUUUGUUAUGAAAGUACGUACGUAAUUCCCUACUAUGUACAUAAUAUAUUAGAUGAAGGCGAUGAAGGCCACAAUGUGACCCUGUCGUCUCGUAACACGCGGCCCCAUUCCCGAUUCAUUGAUCCCCUGAACGACCCUCGACCAGCCAACCGCUACGCAGCGUUCGAGACCUCUUUGAAACGCCAACUUUGUAACAAGUCUUGCCGCAGAAUGCGACAACGCCCACCACCACAAAGCAAUCAAGUUAGCAAUCAAGAAAUCUGGGCUCCCUCUUAUCAACUUCCUAGCAUGUUCCUGAGAGAAAAGAGAAAUAUCUCAUUGAAAUAGAAGAUCCCCGGCUCUUUCAAUACCAAAGAGAAAGCUUGGCAUUUUCAUUCCUUAUUUUUGUUUUUUUAUUCGUCCGUUCUCUCUUAUUGACAUUUUUUCUUCUUCCCCAUCGACUGGGUCUGGACCGGCGAUCGUAGUGCUGUGCAUUUUUCUUCGUUUCUAUACCUCAUUUUGUAGUUGUGUUAUUAUCAUUCGUGUUCGAUAUCGGUAGCAGAAAAAAAGAAUCAAAUCAUCAUGUUUGGAAAGACACGCAUCCCGCCGUACACUGCGCCAGCGGACGCAGUUGUCCGUCGUCAGUAUGUUGAGCAGAAUGGCCAUUUAGUCUGGUUCUGGUAUACAAAGACAGGCGUCAUCGUCAAAUGGUCACUCUUCCUCGGCAUCACUCUCCUACUCGGUCUAUACCUAGUCCUAGGCCGCGUCCACGCCAAGAAGCGUGUAAACAAAGGUUUAAAGCCACUUGCCUACCACGGCUGGCUACUCUCCCGCCAAGAACGCGCAGGCGUAGACCCACGCUACGCCUGGCCGCAAGCAUCCUACACCACAUACCCACAACCCUACGGCGGCGGGGCCUACGCCAUGCCACCACCAGUCUACGACCCGAAUAACCGACCCCCGAUGUAUGAGGGCGGGGGUGCGCCGCCGAUGGGAGGUAGUAAGAUUGAUCCCAUGCAGACCGGAGUCGAGCCUGCUCGUACCGGUGGUGGGGAUUACGCUCCGCCGCCGGGUCCGCCGCCUGCUGCUGCGCUGCGAUAAAUGGAUCGGGUUUCUAAAUGGCAAAAUGGGAAAACGUAAGGACUAGGAAUGAGGUGUAGGGGGAUAAGGUGUAAUUGUCAAAUCGGUCUGGAUUAGUGGUACAUGAACUUGGCAGUACGUCUAGGCGGCAAACAUGGUGGGAAUUGAAAUAUCUGUACGAUUGAAGAUUAGAAUGAUAAUAAUCCCAUUGCAAAACCUACAUCCAUGCAAUCCGUAUAAACUGUAUAAUACAAGCAAGUUC